AUGUCGGAGGUGUGGAAAUAUUUUAUUAAGUCCAGCACAUCGUCUGCAAAAUGCCAGAUUUGCAAAGAAGACGUAUCGCGCAGUGGUAAUACUACAAAUUUGAUGGUUCAUCUUAAGAAGCAUCCAAAUAAAGAGAAAGCGUUAGAAAAUGUGUUGCGUCGGGGAGAAAAUGGUUCCUUUCCCGGAACAUCAGCCUCAAUUAAGCCGUUGGAACGCUGUUUCAGGGAAAACGAAGAAUGGACAGAAAACGGUGCGAAGUCGAAAAGUAUCGAUGAUGCAAUCGCUUUCAUGAUAGUUAAAGACUAUCAACCCAUUUCUAUAGUAGAGGAUGAGGGCUUUGUUAGCCUGCUCAAACUAUUGGCCCCAAGAUACAGGAUUCCACAACGAAGAGCUAUAACCAAGAUUAUCGACAGCAAAUAUGAGAAACUGAUGAAGCAUACGAAGGAGGUUAUUAACGAGAAAAAUGUAUCUUUGACGGCAGAUAUUUGGACGGAUAGCCAUACGACACGCAGCUAUUUGGGAAUGACGUGUCAUUUUUUUAAUCGAUCUGUUUCCAAUGACCUUCAGACAAUUGAUCUCGGAGUUUACCCUCUUUAUGAACGGCACCAGAGCUCGUAUAUUUCAUCGUGUUUUGAAAAUACGCUGAAAAAAUGGGAAAUUUCGGUCGAUCAAGUGAGCGUUGUUGUCACUGACCACGCUGCUAAUAUGGUGAAAUCCGUCGCUGAAACAUUUAGUCCGGAGAAACAUAUAGGAUGCGCCGCUCAUGCCGUGAAUUUGGCUGCGAAGAAGGCCAUCGAUAGCAGUUUAUCGUUGUCGGCACCAUUAGACAAAGUGAAGAAAAUUGUUGCCUUUUUUAAACGCUCAACGACUGCGAGCGACAAUUUGCAGAAAAAGCAAAUCGAAAAAGGUGACUCUCCGUUAAGAAUCUGUUCCUUUGUCCCUACACGGUGGAACUCGGAACUUUCGAAGGCUAAAGAUGCGCUUGUGAACAUGAUACUCUCUGAUGUAAAUAACAAUGAUUCCGAUGAAGAAUACGAAGGUUUUAAUGAGCCUCAAACUAAAAUGACAAAGCGGACUGGUAUUUGGAGUUUUCAUCAAGGAAUGGUACAACAAUACCAAAACCGAAAUAUUUCGUCUCUCAAGCCGGACUCAAUCAGAAAGGAAAUAACGUUGUACCUCGAAAGUGGAAUUGAGGAAAUGGAUUGUAAUAUAUUCCAAUACUGGGAAGACAAGAAGCAUUCCUAUCCGAUACUCUACAAAGCUGCGAUGAAACUCCUCCCACUGUUGUCGACUUCGGUUCCAUCGGAGAGACUGUUCUCUAAGGCAGGCCGUAUACUCUGCGAUUCUAGAAGUAGUUUGGAUCCUAAACGAGUGAACCAAAUUACAUUUCUUCAUAAUGUAAGUGCGGAUGAUUUUAAGAAAGCGAUAUAA